AUGCCUGUACCUAAAAUCGAUGUUGUUAGUGUCGUUGCUACAUUAUUACCUGACUUUGGAAUUGGUUGCCAAGGUGGUCUGCCAUGGAGGUUAUCUAAAGAGAUGAAAUACUUUAGACAGGUGACAUCAAGUACAUUUGAUUCAAACAAACAAAAUGCCGUGAUUAUGGGUAGGAAGACAUGGGAAUCGAUCCCGUUAAAAUUCAGACCCUUGCCUAACAGAAUCAAUGUGGUAAUCUCCAGAGGGUUCGACUCUCAAUUAACUCUAGACACAUUAACGGAGGAAAAACAAUAUUAUAAGAUUAAUUCAUUGACAUCAGGUAUAGACCAACUAAAAGAACAAUUAGGUGAAAAAUUGGAGAGGAUAUAUAUUAUUGGUGGUGGUCAAAUCUAUUCCGAAGGUAUUAAGAUUUCGGAUAAGUUGUUGAUUACUAAAUUGGAAAUUGAUUCUCCAGAGUUGGAUAUACUGGAUAUGGAUACAUUUCUUAAUGUAAAACAAAUCCAAGAUGAUUUUGUCGAAUCAAAAAAUGGCUUAAGAGAUUUUUUACCAUCAAAAGUCGAAUUGCCAGAACCAUUUACACAAGGAGAAUACGUCGAAUACGAAAAGGGUUAUAAAUGUCAAUAUACCCUGUAUACUAAGACUCAUUAA